ACAUAGAUAAGGGGAUUGAUCGUAGACUACUGGGCCGCGGGAGAAUGUGAACUGCGCGCUUUGUAGUCGGAACGAGCUGCAUAGAAGGAGCGGGAAGUGGAAAGCAAGCGAGAAGGACGAAGAUGCCGAUCCCUCGACCAGAUCUUCAAGGAGACCGAGUAAUUGCUCACGUCGACAUGGAUUGUUUCUAUGUCCAAGUGGAGCAAAGAAAGCAGCCCAAACUUAGGGGUUUGCCCACUGCUGUAGUGCAGUAUAAUGAUUGGAAAGGUGGAGCUUUGAUUGCAGUAAGCUAUGAAGCUCGAAAAUUUGGGGUGAAACGUUCAAUGCGAGGAGCUGAGGCUGAAAUGGUUUGCCCAAAUAUACAGUUGGUUCAGGUUCCUGUUGCACGUGGUAAAGCUGAUCUGAAUGCAUAUAGGAGUGCUGGUUCUGAGGUAGUCUCCAUACUCUCAACAAAAGGAAGGUGCGAGCGUGCAUCAAUUGAUGAAGUUUAUCUUGACCUGACUGAUGCUGCAGAAUCAAUGCUAUUGGAAACUCCUCCUGCGGCACUAGAAGACAUCGAUGAAGAGGCUUUGAAAUCACAUGUUCUUGGUCUGAGUGGGGAUGAAGAUCGAGAAAAGAAUGUCCAAAGGUGGUUUAUUCGAAGUGAUGCCAUCCAUCAGGAUAGAUUAUUAGCUUGUGGAGCCAUUAUAGUUGCACAUUUGCGGGGUGAAGUUCUGAAGGAAACUGAGUUCACAUGUUCUGCUGGGAUUGCCCACAACAAGAUGUUGGCAAAACUUGCUAGUGGAAUGCAUAAACCAGCACAGCAAACAAUUGUGCCAUCAUCAGCAGUAAAAGACCUGCUUGCUUCUUUGCCAGUAAAGAAGAUGAAACAGCUUGGGGGGAAACUUGGAAGCUCCUUACAAAAUGAUCUUGGGGUAAACAAUGUUGGUGAUUUACUGAAAUUUUCUGAAGAGAAGCUUCAAGAACGAUACGGCUUUAACACAGGUACCUGGUUAUGGAAUAUUGCUCGAGGUAUUAGUGGAGAUGAAGUCAAGGGCCGUGUUCUUCCUAAGAGCCAUGGCUGUGGAAAGACAUUUCCUGGACCAAGAGCAUUGAAAACUGCUGCUGCUGUUGAGAGUUGGCUUAAUCAGUUAUGUGAAGAACUGAGUGAACGCAUCCAAUUAGAUAUGGAUCAGAAUAAGAGAGUUGCACAUACCCUAACCUUGCAUGCAAGGGCAUUUAAGACAAGUGACGUGGAACCACACAAGAAAUUUCCUUCGAAGUCAUGCCCGCUGCGCUAUGGCAUAAAUAAAAUUCAAGAAGAUGCGAAAAAACUUUUUGAUACUGGACUUCGUGAAUUUUUGGGCUCUCAUAGCAAUGCAUGGAGAGUUACCUCUCUUGCCAUAUCUGCUGGUAAAAUAUUGGAUACUCCUAGAACGUCUUCAAUUUCGAGAUUCUUUCAAGGCAAGAGUUUGUCCUCUGCUAUAUCAGAUGCAUCUAAUGAUGACAUCCAAGAUGAUGCUCCCUCAUUCUCCAUAGGAUGUAAAGAGAACAUUGUACCAGAAUCUGAUAAAGAUGAAGAAGUGUUUGUUCAUGGAAAAUCUGUCAAAGAGGAUGAUGCGCCUUCUAAAGAUAGAAAAAUUGAUGUUUUGUGCACGCAGAGUAGAAAGCAAAAAGAUAAGGGAAAUGGUUCCAUUUUGAAAUUCUUUUCCGGUACCAAUACCUCCACAAAGCAUGCAUCAAAUGCUCCUAGUUCCUGGAGCGAGAGUCUUAAAGGCCAGGAUCAAAGAGACCACCAAGAAGAAAGCCUGGUUGAUGGCCAUAGCAGGCUUGGCAAGAUUUCAAAUCAACAGAGGGAUAGUUCAUGGAAUUUCAAUGCUGAGGAUAUUGAUCCUUCUGUCAUUGAUGAACUGCCGGAGGAAAUUCAACGAGAAGUCCGAGGCUGGAUUUGCUCUUCCAAGCGAGCAAAAACUACUAAACGAGGGUCCAGUAUUUUUCAUUAUUUUACUACAGAUGAUAACGCUUAGGAGCCACGUUCAUCUCAGGUUUAAAGGUUAGUUUGUCAGGAAUCCAUCAUUUAGGCUUCGUUUGGGAUGACUUUCUUCUUGCUUCUUAAAGUGGCUUUUUAGUAUAAAAAUUAAAAUAUUUGUACCAAAAAGCCGCUUUAAAAAACAGUAAGAAAGCCAUCCCAAACGAAGCCAUUAGUAUUCUACAGAUUUCCAUUUUGUGUGACUUAUGAGGAAGUUCUGAAGUUAAAAGUGUUGCCAAAUACCUGUAAGCUGUAAAUAGAGUUCUAGUAGUAGCAGCAUAACAUAGAGUCAUUGUUGCUGCUUUGCUACUACUAAAGUCGCAAUUUGCGUUGUAAUAAGCAGAUUUCACCGUUUGUUAUCUCCAGCAUAUUAUCCAGUGAUACUUUGAAGGAAAUUAGGAAUUAUAAUCAUGAUUUUUACUUUCGAACUUAAA